AAAUUGGAGAUAUUAGUAAUUUUCAUCAAAAUUUAACAUCUCAAUUAGAUUCGAUUAUUAAUAUUAAUGAUAUUAAUAAUGCUCCAAAUGAAAACAAUGAUAUCUUAAAUGUGAAAUAUAAAGAACUUUACUCUUUUUCUUGUAAAGAAAUAGUGCAAAUGGAUGAUGCUAAUAAAAACAGUAAAGUAAUGCAAGUAGAUAAUGGUGGUGAUGUUGAAGAUAAAGAUCAUGAGGAAAAUGAAGAAAUAAUGCAAGAAGUUGAAGAUCACAAAGAAAGUGAAGAAAUAAUGCAAAUAGAUAAUUUUAAUAAAAACAGUAAAGUAGUGCAAGUGGAUAAUGGUAGUGAUGUUGAAGGCAAAGGUCAUAAGGAAGGUGAUGUUGAAAGCGAAAGUCAUGAUAAAGGUAAUGAAAAAGGUGAUAAUGAAGAAGAUGAUGAAGGUGGUAAAGAGAGUAAUAAAGUAAGUAAUGAAGAUAAGAAUGAAGAUGAGGAUAAUGAUGAUGAACGAAAUAUUAAGAAGUCAAUUAUAAAUAUUAAAUUUCCUAAAUUUGAAAGAGUUAGUAAAAAGCAAGUUAGCCAAGAUUCUUACUCAUAUCUUGGCUAUUUUGCUAGUUUUCAACCUACUAAAAAAAAGAAAAUAUUAACUAGAAAUAAAUUAAAGGUUUCUAAGCAAUUUUAUGAGUUAUUAGCAUUUGAAAGCGAAUUAACUAUAAUAGCACCUUUUUAUGAUAAAAAUUCAUUUAUUAAAAAAGAUGAUUAUUAUAAAAGUCUUCUUAAUUAUCUAAAGGAACUUUCUAUACUUCGUAAAACUUCAAUAGUCCAAUUUGAUCCUGCUCAGAUUAAUGGUGGAUUAGCUUUGGAAUAUGAAAAUCUUGUAUUAUCAAAUUCAGAUGAUAAUUUAAAUUUACAAGAUCAAAUCAUGCUUUUAAGGC